AUGAAUGAAAAUUUAUUUUAUGAUGAAGAUGAACAUGAAGAAAAAAUAAAAUCAAAAAGAAAUCAAAAAUUAACACAAAAGAAAACAAAUGGAAAAAGACAACUUUACUCUGAUGAUGAAGAAAGUGAUUUUGAAAAUGAUGAAAAUUCCGAUGAUGUACAAACAAAUUCCAAUGGCUGUGUUGUUAAUAAUAAUGAACAAAAUAAUAAUAAUAUUAAUGAACAAAAUAAUAAUAAUAAUAAUAAUAAUAAUAAUAAUAAUAAUAAUAAUAAUAAUAAUAAUAAUAAUAAUAAUAAUAAUAAUAAUAAUAAUAAUAAUAAUAAUAAUAAUAAUAAUAAUAAUAGUAAUAAUAGUAAUAUUAAUAAUAAUAAUAAUAAUAAUAAUAAUAAUAAAAAACUUAAAUGUAACCCAAAAUUAAAAGUUGAAUUUGUGUCAACCCAAUUCAUUGAUGAUACUGGUUAUAAUGAGAAUAAAAGAUAUUAUUUGGGUUUAAAAAGAAAUAAUUUCAUUAAUAAUUCAACAAAUUCUAAUAAAACUACUACCACCACUACAACCACAACUACAACUACAACAACUACUACCACUACUAAUGCAAGUGAUGAUGAUGAUGAUGAUAAAUUUCCAACAAAAUCAGGGAAAAGAAUUAUUCCAAAAGGUAUUCCAUCCUCAUUUGUUUUAUUUGAUCCAUCAAGUUUUAAAAUGCCACAAUUUUAUAAGAAUCCAUAUGGUAGUUUGUCAGCAUCUUCACAAUCACCACCUUUAUCACCUUCAAAACAGGUUAAAAAAAGAAAAAUUUCACCAACUUCCACUUCUUUUAAUUCUUUGAAUUCUUCAAAUAGUAGUUCAACUCAAAGUCAAAGUGAAGGUGAUGAUAAUAUUGUUGAUGAUGAUUCUGAUGAUGAUGAUGAUGAUGAUGAAGAUGAUAAUGCUGAUGAUGAAGUUGAAAAUGUUGGUAGUAUUGAAGAAAGUAAUCAUUUAAUCAACAGUAAUAAUAAUAAUGAAAAUUUUAAAUUAAUGUUAAGAGAGAAAUUAGAAUUAAUUUUAUAUCAAAAUAGAUCAGAAAUUGAAAUUGUAUUUUAUGAAAAUAUAAUUGAUCAAAUCAUUGAUGAAUUACCAACAACAAUUCAACAAUUAAGUUCAAUCUUUUAUGAUGAAAGUAUUAUUGAUGAACUUGGUGAAAAAAUUAUAAAAGAAAUUAAUGAAUUUAAUGUUUUUAAUUCAUUAAUCUCUUAUCAUAGUAAUUAUUCAAAAGUUUUUAUUUUUAUUUAUUUACAAAUAAAUAAAAAUAAAAUAAAAAAAAAAACAACAAUGAAUGGAAAAAUAAUAGCUUCUAUUGUUUCCUUUAUUAUAUUUUUGGCGUUGGGUGGUGGUACACUCUUUGUUUCAUUGAAAUAUUUAAAGCCAAGUAUUGAUUUAAGUAAUGGUAUUGAAACUACAUCAUGUAAAGUAAUAAGUACAGAGGAUCAAGCAACAUGUAAUAAUCUUAAAUGUGUUGACCAAAACACUGAUAUUUGGUGGUACAAUUCAUGGGGUCCAUCAUAUUUCUUUGUUUAUGUAUCUGGUGGUACAGGUAAUUCGGAUUACUAUGAUGAUGGUGGUGAUGAUGAUGAUGAUGACGAUGGUGGUGAUGAUGACGAUGAUGAUGAUGGUGGUGAUUCAGGAGAUGGUGAUUCAGGCGGUGAUUCAGGUGGUGGUGACUCUGGUGGUGAUUCAGGUGGCGGUGAUAUUGGUGGUGGUGAUGAAAUGAAAAUGAGUAAGAGUAAAUUAUUAAAGGCUGGUAGUUCAUUACCAUCAUCACUUGGUACCACUGGUGCCUCUGAAUUCAAUGGAUACGUACCACAAGAAAUUAGAGAUAAAAGAUUAGAAAGAAGAUUAAAGGAGAAACAAUUAUCAAGAGCAUUAAAAGCAGCAACUACCAAUGCUGCACCAACAUCAGGUAGUAGCUAUUACGCCAGCUCAGCAUCUGGUUGCAAUACAUGUUACCAAGGUGUUUUCAACGUUAACUAUAAUAUCGGUAAUGGUAGUGAAGUAGAAUCAUCGAUUCAAGGUUUAGUAUCAUCAGAUUAUAGUUGGGUAUCAGAUUAUGUUGGUAAUUAUCAAAAUGGUUCCUAUUACACUUGUUACUAUCAAUCUGAUGAACCAACAAAUGUAGUAUGGUUUAAACCUCCAAAAUACAGUUCUGGUAGUUUGGCUGGUACUAUCAUUCUUUCAAUUUUAUCCUUUAUCGCAUUAAUUGUAUCUGUUCUUUUCUUAUUUGCUGGUUGUAAACAUCAUAGUAGUAACAGCCAUCACCACCACAACCAUCAUAACAAUAAGAAAAAUCAUACAAGUGGUGCUUAUAAACCAAUUGUUAAUCCAACACCAAUUAGUGCAAAGAAAGGAAAUUAUCAAUCUUAUCACAAGAAUAAUGGAUCUUAUCAUGGUGGUUACUCUACAUCGGAUUCUGCCCCACCACAAAAUGUUCCAUAUUAUCAAUAUAAUCAAGGUGUAGCUCAAAUCGAUUUUAGUGCAAAUCAAAAUGGUAGUAUAAACUAUGUUAAUGCUCCACCAAGUUAUAGUAGUUAA